CUUCUCCUCUUCUCGUCCCCAGUAACUGUCCCUGGCCGUUGAAAAAAGAGAUCACUGUUUUCCGAUUUUGCCCUCAUCCACAAAGCGACAAUGCGUGAGAUUCUUCACAUCCAAGGAGGGCAAUGUGGGAACCAAAUUGGCUCCAAGUUCUGGGAGGUCGUCUGCGACGAGCACGGCAUCGACCCCACCGGCAGGUAUGCUGGAAAUUCAGAAUUGCAGUUGGAGAGAGCGAAUGUGUAUUACAAUGAAGCGAGUGGAGGAAGGUAUGUGCCAAGGGCGGUGCUGAUGGACCUCGAACCAGGGACGAUGGAUGCCGUUAGGACGGGUCCAUACGGGCAGAUUUUCCGACCAGAUAAUUUCGUGUUCGGGCAAUCGGGUGCUGGUAACAAUUGGGCUAAAGGGCAUUACACUGAAGGUGCAGAGCUGAUUGAUUCAGUGCUUGAUGUUGUCAGGAAAGAAGCUGAGAAUUGUGAUUCUCUUCAAGGGUUUCAAGUGUGUCAUUCACUUGGAGGUGGAACAGGAUCAGGAAUGGGGACUCUUCUAAUCUCCAAGAUCAGGGAAGAAUAUCCAGAUAGAAUGAUGUUAACUUUCUCUGUGUUUCCAUCUCCAAAGGUUUCCGACACUGUUGUAGAGCCAUACAAUGCUACUCUUUCGGUACAUCAAUUGGUAGGGAAUGCUGAUGAAUGUAUGGUACUUGACAAUGAAGCACUCUAUGACAUCUGUUUUAGGACUCUAAAACUCACAACCCCAAGUUUUGGAGAUUUGAACCAUCUAAUUUCAGCAACAAUGAGUGGAGUUACAUGUUGUUUGAGAUUCCCCGGCCAAUUGAAUUCCGACCUCCGAAAACUGGCUGUGAACUUAAUCCCUUUCCCUCGACUUCACUUCUUCAUGGUUGGGUUCGCACCUUUGACCUCUCGUGGAUCACAGCAGUACAGAGCACUGACUGUUCCUGAACUGACACAACAAAUGUGGGAUGCUAAGAACAUGAUGUGUGCAGCCGAUCCACGCCACGGUCGAUAUCUUACAGCAUCUGCAAUGUUCCGAGGUAAAAUGAGUACGAAAGAAGUCGACGAGCAGAUGAUGAAUGUGCAGAACAAAAACUCUUCUUAUUUUGUGGAAUGGAUUCCAAACAAUGUGAAAUCUAGUGUUUGUGAUAUUCCACCUAAAGGGUUCUUAAUGGCUUCCACUUUUGUUGGAAACUCAACUUCAAUUCAGGAGAUGUUUAGAAGAGUGAGUGAGCAAUUCACAGCCAUGUUUAGAAGGAAGGCUUUCUUGCAUUGGUAUACUGGAGAGGGAAUGGAUGAGAUGGAGUUUACUGAAGCAGAAAGCAAUAUGAAUGAUCUUGUUGCUGAGUAUCAACAAUAUCAAGAUGCCACGGCUGAUGAAGAUCUUGACUAUGAAGAUGAUGGUGGGGACACCGAAAACUGACCGUAUGUAUGUUCAUGCAGUUUGCGAUUUCGUCUCGUAAUUUAUGUCAUAUUUAUGAUUGUUGUAACGUCUCGAAUUGCAAGUGAAUUUAAAUUAUUUUCUUCAAA